ACAAACUAUAUGAGUGUUUGAUCAGGAUAUUCAAGUGUCAAUUAGAGAUCAAAAUUUAAUAAAAUAUUUUUAUUAAAAUUGCAAUCAUGUUACUUGGAGCUUUGUAGUUAUUUAUGGCGAUAAGAAAGUUGAUUAAAAAAUAAAUUAACAAACAGUUAAUCUAAAAACAUGACUGCUCACGUUAUGUGUUUCACCUCUUCCGGAGGGAUCCCUAUUUUCAUCAGAAAAAAGGGUGAAGGUAGUCCUAUGGCUUUUUCGAAAAUGGCAUCAUUGAGUGGUAUACACAUGUUUUUGAAGUCUCAAGAUAUUAAGUUAAAUGAUACAAAAAUGUCAGAUAUAAUAGUAAGUUGGAAUGAAUAUGCUGAUUCAGUAACAUUAAUUGCAAUUGCUAGUGGAGUUACAAAAAAAAUAUUAGACUAUUUUAUUGAAGCAGUAUUCAAUGCAAUGAUAUUAGUCGUUGGUAUUGAUGAAAUAAAGAAUCCAAGAAAUAUCGAAAGAUUAAAAAAAGAUUUAAGAGCCUGCUAUGGAUUAAUUGACAAAUUAUUUGAAUGUUUAGAAAUUGAUGACAGAUUUAGCACAAAAAAUGAUUUAAUAGACUUGACAUCUAGCAUGUUAUGUCCAGAAAAUCAUUUACUUCAGAAUGGACUCGAAAUGUUUUUGGAGUAUUUGGAUUCAUCUUAUGGGUGUAUUUUAGUUCAUGGUUGCUGCACUGUUGCAACAGAAAGUUGGUGGCAAUUAGAUUCAAUAGAGAAGAAGUUACUGUCUAUAGUAAUUUCUAUGGAUCGCAAUGCUUCUUCAUGUGAUCUUCCAGUAUUUUUGCCCAAAAUGAGUCCAACUAUUGCAUUUAGACUGCUUUCAAUUACUUUAGUGAAUGGCGUUCAUGUAUUAGCAUUAUGUGGACCAAAGCCUGAUUUGAUUGAAGUGGAAAAGUUAGCAAUUCAGUGUUGGAGAAAUCACAUAGAUGUUUUAAGAAGAGCUGAACAUUGUUAUCCUCAAUGUAUACCUUCUGAAAUAUCCUUAGAUCCUGAUGUUUUAGGAUUUUUACUUAUUAAUUAUCGAGUUGGUAAAUUCGUAAUGAGUAGAAAUAUUAAACAAACGACAAACCAUCAGACCAAUCUAUAUAAAUUGGAUAUUUUACGAACAUUUUAUUAUCAGGCUGUAGAAACAUUUCUAUUAACAGAAUCUAAUAAGAAACAAGAAAAAGAAAAAAAUUCAAAUAAGAAAAAAACUAUUCGUACUAAAGAGACUUAUUGGUGUUUAGAAUACUACAAAUGUCAUGCACUCAAAGCAAAGAGUAAUAUUCUUUGUGUUUUAUAUACUUAUUCUAUUCCUAUUGAUAAAAUAAGACUGAUCACUCGUAAAACACUUAAAUUGUUAGUUUCUGAUAAGCAACUUUGUUGGUGAUGGACUUUUAUAAUACUCAAUAACUGUUUUAAUAAAAAU